AUGUCCGACGUGUCCGUCCUCACCCCGAUUCUGGUGCUGAUAUUGUGCAUGGUGAUGGGCUUCCUGGCGCUGAGGGGGCGUCGAACUCAGACCGCCGUCGUAGACCGGGCCACUAAACCCUGGGUGGACGAGGAUCUGAGGGACGACAGCGAGGAGGCCCCAAACAGAGAGGACGGGGAUGAUGAGUGGGUGGACGUGAACGAGGAGAAAGAAGUCGCGCACAUCCCUUACUCACCUGAACGCCACCCAGAAGGGCAAAUGCUGCAAAGGUCGCAAGAUUUCUACGAGCUGAUGAGCCGGCGCAGGUCGGUCCGCUUCAUCAGCCCCGAGCCCGUCCCUCUGGACGUCAUCCGUAACGUCGUCCGCACCGCCGGUACGGCGCCGAGCGGCGCGCACACAGAGCCCUGGACUUUCGUGGUGGUCUCCGACCCGGACGUCAAGCACCGGAUCAGGUUGAUCGUGGAGGAAGAGGAGGAGGUCAACUACCGGCAGAGAAUGGGGGACAAGUGGGUCAGCGACUUGGCCCAGCUCAGGACAAACUGGAUCAAGGAGUACCUGGACGUGGCGCCGUACCUUAUCCUCAUCUUCAAACAGACGUACGGAAUCCUUCCAGACAAGAAGAAGAGGACGCACUACUACAAUGAAAUCAGCGUGUCCAUCGCUUGUGGCAUCCUGCUGGCCGCGCUGCAGAACGCGGGUCUGGUGACGGUGACGUCGACGCCGCUCAACUGCGGGCCCAAGCUGCGGCUGCUGCUGGAACGACCGGCCAACGAGAAGCUGCUCAUGUUGCUUCCUGUCGGCUACGCCGCCGAGGACGCCACCGUGCCCGACCUCGAGCGCAAACCGCUACGGGACAUCAUGGUGCACAUUUGA